AUGUCGACUGAAACGCUGACGACUCCCGAGGCUCAACUAACCAACACCCCGACGAAAAAAAAAAAAAAAAAAACAGUCCUCUGGGCCCAGCGCUCAUCCAAGACCGAGGCCGAAAAGAACUUUGUGUAUCUGACCAUCUCGGUUCCCGACGUACCGGCAUCAAACCUCAAGCUUGACCUCAAGCCGACCGGCCUGACCUUCACCGGCCACUCAGACACCCUCAAGAAAACAUACCACCUCCAGCUCGAGUUCUACGACGAGAUCGUCCCGGAUGAGAGCGCCAUUCACCACACGGCCAAGAAUGUCGAGCUGAAGUUGCGAAAGAAGGAGCUCAAGGAGGAGUACUGGCCCCGUUUGCUCAAGGACUCCAAGAAGGUCCACUUCCUCAAGACCGACUUCGACAAGUGGGUAGACGAGGACGAGCAGAACGAGGCAGCUGAGGAUGACUUUUCCAACUUUGGCGGCAUGGGCGGCAUGCCCGGUAUGCCCGGCAUGGGCGGAGCAGGCGACUUUGGAGGCAUCGACUUCUCCAAGCUCGGUGGCGGCGGCAUGGGUAUGCCUGGCGAUGACGAAGAGAUGGACGAGGAUGAGGACGACGACGAGAUGCCCGGUCUUGAGAACGCCGAGGAGGCCGACGCGGCGGCAACCGACAAGACGGAGGCCGCCGCCAAGCCUUGA